GUGCAGAUGGCCUUGCCGGCCAGCACCAAGCAACGCACUCGGCCCGAGAAUUGCAGUCGACGCUUUGGACUUGCCAGCGGCGCUGCCUCGGCUUUCCCCUCAAAAGUCCCAAAAUCCUCUGAAGACCUCCCGACGCCAUGCUCUCUGGCCAACCUGCCGAUGCAUCCUUCUCGGAUGAUGUGCUCAUGGGCACAAGCAUCGAUCUCCCCUCGUUCUGGAAGCAGGAGCGGGUGGUGGCCCAGUCGUCCAGCCAAACCGAUCCGAUCACCUACAAGGAGCAAGAUAGCCAGACCCUGAUGCAGCGCGACGAAGAGACGCAAACGGACAAGGCGACGGAGCAGGGUUUCCAGCUGCUCAAGAGCUACGACUACCAGGGGCUCGUUGGGUUCCUGACGAGGGCCGAGUCGCUGGUGUCGGCCCAGUUGCUGCAGAAUAUCCGCUCCUCAGCAUUCGAUGGAUACUCGGUCGAAUGGGAAGAGCGCAUCUCGGCCACAUCGGUGGCUCACACGCUCACAAACCCGAGGAAGGAUCCCGAUGUUGUGUGCACCGAGUUGUCCUGGAACAAGACCGGAUCCGUCGUGGCCGCCUCAUACGGCCGCUAUGACCACGAGUCCUGGUGCACUCAUCGGGGCUCGGUGUCGGCCUGGAAUAUUGCGCGCCGCGAGCUGGAUCCGAGCAUGCCAAACUUCAUGGCAGAUACGUCGAGCUGCGUCAUAUGCCUCGCCUUCCAUCCCACAAUUCCAUAUAUCCUCGCAGGCGGUACCUUUGCAGGCGAGGUCAUAAUCUGGCACACCAACAAUGAAGAGGAUCCUGUCUUCUCCGUCUCCAACUCGGACGAGCUCAGCCAUCAAGAGCCAAUCUCGAAGAUUGUCUGGAUCCCAACCGCCAAGCGAGACCACUAUAAUCUCGUAACGAUUGCAAACGACGGAAAGAUUCUGACGUGGGAUCCCAGCAACAAGCUGCAGACCCCACUCUCUGGGUCGCAGCUGUUGAUCGGGAACGUACCCGCUCAGUUUCGCCCAAAGGCCUCCAAGUCGGACAUGGGUAUAGGAGGCACGACGAUCGGGUUUCCUAUCGAGAGCCGCACGAACUAUCUCGCCGGAACCGAAGGGGGAUAUAUCUUCAAGUGCACAACGACAAACGCCACCCAGCUGUCGAUUAUCAAACGGGAUCGAGCCCAAGCGCCCCUGUCGCUCUCCAACCCCAUCCAACUUGCCUACACGCCACAUUUGGGUCCUAUCCAGGCGCUGUCGUGCUCUCCAUUCCAUCGCAAUCUGUUCCUGACGUGCGGGAGCGACUCAACGCUGAGGCUUUACAACGUGCUCGAGUCCAGGCCUCUGUUGACGAUGGAGCCUUGCUCAAGCCAGCUCUACUGCGUGCAAUGGUCGCCGUUCCGACCGACCGUGCUGGCAUGCACCGGUGGCGACGGCAUGCUAUAUAUCUACGACCUGAUGCACUCCAAGUCCGUGCCUGUUCAGUCGUAUUCGUGCACGAGCACAUCGGCAGCCUCGGCGAGUUUGGUAACGGCGCUUGCAUUCAACACCAAGGACAAGCAGCUUCUGGCGACAGGCGACUCGCUCGGCGCCAUCCGAGUCUGGCGCCUGUGCAGCUCCCUUUACACAUCCACUAUUUCUGAAGAGCACUAUAUCCAACGCCUGGGUGGCCUUGGCGACGGCACAGAUGGCGGUGGCAUGGGAUGGUAGCUUCGAUUGAGCGACGGCCUGGAAAGAGCCCAUAUGCAUGCCUGCACCUCAAAGCCAAUAGCCAAGAGAUUUGCCACUUUGAGGAUAUACAGCAAGUGCAUAAUACACAACGGAACUUUUGCAUCAAAGUGCCCAGACUGUUUGGAGCACACGACGGUGCUGCCAACGCGAUGUUCCGAGCUCAGCAGGCACGCCUAAGUCCUGAGAGUAUCGACCCUGCUCGUGGGGUACAUGAGCACAAACGGACUCAUGCGGCUCUUCAUCGAUG